AUGGGCAACACUCGUCCUUGUGCACUCCAGCUGUCUGGAGACAAAGAGGGGGAGACAGAAGGUUCAGUCCAUGCAGAGACACAACAGAACUGCGUCUCUGGGCUAUCGUCUGGCGCACCAAUCACUGUGAAAGGAUACUAUCUAGUAUUAGGCCGCGCCCGGCCACUGCGGCCCGCGCCCCCGCGCUGCCUGUACCGCGCGCCGUAUAUACUCAACCACCAGCUUGAAGGGUAUAUGGGGCCUAGUACCGAUACUGUGUAUGCAAUAAAGAUAAGCCCGUCAGCCCUGCAUCAGAGUGUGGUACACGGCAUCACGCCGCCUGUUGAGGCAAUGGCAGCGGCACACUGCACACGUGCCGGAGUCGGUCCAUUUACUGCGCAACAAGAAGCCAGCGGUUGUAAUAGAGCGGCCGCGGCCGGCGACGCGACGCGGGGGAGUUGA